GAUGUUUCUUCAUUUUAUUUAUCCGGAAUUCGAUUUAUUAGAUGAUAAUAGGAAUGUCAAUAAGUUUUUCAACACCUUACGACGCACUGAAUUAGAAAUAUUGAGGGAAAGUGAUCCGAAUGCUCAAGAUGGGUAUGGGGCCAAGUAUGUUCCGGAGUAUUCAGAUAAUUUGCUAUUCGAAGAACUAGAUGAGAGUCGAUGGCUGAGAAGGAAUGAGACAGAUAUUUUUGAUUUGUAUGAUUCUGAUCGUCUCAUUAUAUUAAGAAAAUUUGGAGUAGGGUUUUGUGAGAAGGCCUUGAGAGAUAUAAAUUCCAUUUUAACACCAAAUCAAGUUUAUUGCGGACAAGUCUUCAUUAACUAUAAGGGGAAAACUACACCCAUAUGUCUUGCAGAUUUGCCGACUAACCCUUACGAAAGACAAGAACACGUCCAAAGAAUUUCAGAUGCAACUUGCAGAUCUUUCGGCUCAAUCGCUAAACAAGGACAUGUAAUAUCUGUUGAUGAAUUUGAUUCAAAUUUGCGUGAAUACGACAUAUAUAUUGGCGUUAAACAACCAAGACAACAAGAAGGGUUUUCUAUAGAACGUCGUUUUUUCUCACCUCACCUCUUCAAUUUACCUAGAAUUACAAUCAGAAAUAAGAUGUCAGACUGUAGCAAGAGUCUUGAAAGAAGAAAUAGCGACCAGCCGGCAGGAUUAGUUGUAUAUUGUACCAAAGAUGUAGCGCUCAAUCCAAGUAGAAAAUUCAGUAUUCAUACGUCUCAUGACUUCCAUCCAAUCUAUAAAAGAGAUAUAUUUACAUUUGAUUUUGUUAAAUACGAACCAGGAAACAAUAAUAGAUACGUUUGCAGAGUUUCCCCGUUUCGUUUUCUUUAUCAAUAUCUUAAUCAUGUUCCCUAUCAUACUAAAAUGAUCGAGAGGGAUAAUUACAUUGAGUUAAAGAAUGCCAAAAGCAAAAAAUCUUGCGCGCAACUAUGUGCAAGCUAUUCUUUGAAAACAAGUAAGCAGUUAGAAGGAGAUCUAUGCCGAGGCAUCUUUAUUAUAGAAGCCAGUAAAUGGUCAAAAAGUACCUUAGAUCAAACUUAUUGUGCUAAUAUAUAUAGGGGCUUCUCCGCCCCUGGCCUGGGAGUUUAUCUGUCUUUCACUCUUCCAGGUCAGGAUCUUUAUCAAUUAUCGGCACCUUUCUGCUAUGAUCCAAGACUAGCUGAAAAGAAAGCGGAAGUCUACAUCCCAUUUACAACAGAAAAAGGCAAUGAUUUUUGUAUUUUAUACCGGAGGAAUUUAAACUUCAAGCAAGCAGAGGAUUUUUGUCAGCUGUAUGGUAUGAUAAUGAUACCAUAUGAAGAAAUUUCAAAACUAGACACACAAUCAUGGAGAUCGUCUGUGUUGUUCAAAGCGCUCUUUUCCGAGGCGAAUGAACAAUCAUGGAGUGCUAAAAUGUUUCGUCACAGCACAAUCUGCAACUAUUUCGUUGUUCCCGAAUAUCCGUUAGGGAACAAACCUAAUCAUUUAAUUUCCUUAAAAGAAGACUCAUGCGAUCAGAAAAAGAGUGUUAUAUGUAUUAGACGUAUGCUUGGCUCCUGGGGACCUUGGGGUCCAUGGUCAGAAUGCAAGGGCGUGGGCAAUUUUGGAGAAUGGACAAGAUCUCGAAAAUGUAACGAUCCGUAUCCUCUUCCAGCGGUGCAGAGGACAGGAUUAUUCUGCGAAGAAAACAAUUUUGAUAUUGUAAAGUUUGAAACUGUAGUUUGUGACAAAAUAGAAUUAGAAAAAUAUCGACUAAAUAUAAGAAAGAAGGUUGAUAUUAUUAAUGAUACAUCGCAUAAACUCCACUAUAAAAAAAGUGACCUUGAUCCGGACAGAUUAAUGAAGAAUAUAGAAAAUAUUAAUGGAUACAUCGAUUUUGUCAAAUGGAAUAGGCAAAUUUUGGAUUUUUGCGAAGAAAAGAAACCUUUUAUAAGUAGCACAAAUGUAUCAACAAUUCAAAGAUGUGAAAACGAAUGCUAUCAAGAUAAUCAUUGUUCUAUUUAUUCUUUCGAUAGUAAGGACAAUUUAUGCUAUAGAUCUUCUUCAUUUUGUGUCAAUGUAAGUAGCCGAUUAGAGAAUUCCGCAUAUUUUAAAACGUCUAAAAUAUGCCAAUUAACUCAAAGAAGGCUACAUUUUCCGUAUGUUUUCGAUUCUGAAUUAGGAUAUUGCUUUACCUAUUUAGGUAUGCGUACGAAUAGCGAAGCUAUUGAAACAUGUUUAUCACUUAAAAUGCAUUUGGUUAAAUAUAAAAUACGACAAAAGAUGUCAAUUGAGUAUUAUCUCCUUAAAAAAUUGCCAUUGCAAACCUUUAGAAUAUGGAAUGGAUUGAUAUUAUCUGAUAUGGAAAUGUACCGGUGGCAGAAUAAUCUCUGGAAUGAUGAGGAAGCAAUUGCAAGCCUAUAUUUGGAGAGUGGAGCUCAUGGAGUUUUAAAACCUGCCCAAACGAUAGCUCAACUUGCGCAUAUAGAAAAUGUGAACCCAGACCAUAUCGCAAUUUGGCAUCAAAGUGCAUUGGAGAGUCAAUGA